UUUUUGACCCGCAGUGAAAGACUUUCUCCUCUCCUCUCCUCUCCUCUUCUUAGCCGGCAUCAGGCAUCUACCCUUCCCUGCCCGCCAUUUCAGGAACAGAUCACCUGCUUUUCUCCCUCCCUGUGAUAAUCUUUAAAAGUUCCUGGAAGACCACAUCCUUUUAACCAGAUUCUUUGGGCACCUGCGCUGAGCAUCGCUGGAGCACAACCAGCGUUCAAGCUGAGAUCUUUUCUCACUAGAAGAGAAGAGGAGGAUUUUGAACGAUGAUGGAGGAUAUGGUGAUGAUAGGAUUGAGGAAUGAGUUCAUGGCCGGGUACAAGCUUGUCCCGUGGUCUACCUGGGAACAGUGGAACUUUGUUCGCGAAUCAAUCUUCUCCUCCAAUCCUGAAUCAGUCGCUGCGGCUCUACGAAGGGUAGCAGCAUGGCGGAGCAGAGGUUGUCUUCCUGUUGCCAUUGAUGUUACGGCUGUCAUUGUUGAGAUUCAGUGUCAAGAUCCUUUUUUUAGGGAAGGGCUUCUGGAUGGUGCUCUGAGUUCGGAGGAGUUACUGGCCAUGCUGUAUUGCAUGGCCAUUGUUAGACUAGUGAAUGUGUUUGUUGAGCCUUUACAUAAGAAAACCAGACGCUCAAUUUCAGAAUUAGCUGAGGCCAUUGGUUUGCCAAGAGCUCUGAUUGAUAUUCGUCAUGAGAGCUCACAUCGCGAUCUCCCAUCACUUCAGCUAGUUCGUUUGGCUAGUGUAAAGGCCCUUGAUUGGCUGAAAUCCAAUUAUUGGGAGCCGCAGAGAAAAGCCAUUCCUGAUGUUCAAAAGGAAAUUAGGUGUAGACUGCGAGAGAUGAUACAUUAUAUAAAGGCAAAGUAUACUCAGAGAAUGAAAGCAAAACACAACACAAUCUUAGGUAGCCUAACAUCGAACAGGAUGCAGGCAUGGUUCUUGCACUUGGAUUUUAGUGAGCAAGAUUCAUCAGGUUCCAGAUCAUUGGAUAAAGAGCUCCUCAGUCAAUAUGAGUUUGGAUUGAUGUGCAAUAACUCAAGACUUUUAAUGGUACUUGUGAUGCUCAAUAGCAGGGAGCAUGCUGAUCAUGGGUUUGAAAUUUCCUGGUUUGCAAUAGUAGGACUAGGACUUGCAAGCAAAGGAAGAAAAGGGUAUAUCAUUGAUGAUAUUAAUGGAGUUUACCCUGAGAAAUAUCCUUUAUCUAGGUGCUCUUUCAGUAAAGUAAGACUUGAUUUUAAUAAACGAAUUUCUAAGAUAUCGAUAUCUGUUUGUCGGGUAUAUUCUGCAUAUCCUUCGGAUGUGGUGUCAGUGCUGAUGGAGAUUUUCCAGUUGCAUGUGUCUGAUUUUUCUGAUGUCACUGACAAGGAGAUUACUGAAGAUUCAGAUGUCCGGCACGAGCCCCUUAUAAAUUCCACGAGUGUUUUAAAGACAAUCAUUACCAAGUUGUCACAUAACAGGCCCAGAUUGUUGCUUAGCAUGCUGAAAAUAGUGCUCGAGAUGAUCAAAGACAUCCAUGAAAAGGGUCAAGAUCAUUUCCUGUCACCAUUGUCCGAGGCCAAGGUCUGCCAGAUUAAACAUCUUUCUUCUUUUGUUCCUUGGUUUCUCAUGAAUCUUAAAACAUUGAAAGAUUCUGGCCGUAUAGGACUUAUGGAGGAACUGAAACCAUUGGCAAGCAGAGAUGCUGUACAAACGGUUUCAUUAAAAAAACUUAUUCGGUUAUGCCUCUCGUUAUCAGCAGUGGGUGAUAAGCAUCUCCCUGAAUCUGUACUGCUACUUUCUGAUCUAUCUGGAAACACUAAUUUAACUGAAAGCCUCAAGAAGUUGCCACUGCCAUGCUUGCAUGACCGAGAUGCUGCAGAAUACUCUUGUUCAAGCAUGGAGAGUGUUAUCUUGCAGGAAGAAAUUGCAAUUAAGAAAGCAACUGAAAAAUUACAAUAUCUGAAGUUACAGUCAAGGAUCAGUAAUGCGAAAAGCACGGGGACAGAGGAUCAGGAUAAUGAUGUGGCAAAGAAUUCAGGGAUGCUGGCCAAGUCCUGGAUCCCAUGUCCAAUUGGUAUGCUACCUUGUUCAUUCAGUUCAACAUCAGUUCUCCCUGUCCUCGACAAAGCUGAUGAUGAUUGUCAGGGUACUAUCAUACCAGAAAACAACCAUGACAAGUUUGAAAAGGAUCACACUCCAAGAGAAAAAUCACAAAAUAAUAUCCAGUCUCCUGACACAGAAAAUGCAAUAAAAAAGUUGAGACUGACAACAGAGGAAAGAUCGUAUUCCAUAGAUGUGAUAAAUCCUAUGGAAGGUCGGUUAUUGAUCGAUGGAGUCUGGAAGAAGGUAGAUGAAGCGGAGUUUUUUGCCAUACAGUCUAAUAUCAGAACUUUUGUUCAAUGAAAAUAGCAUGCCUAUCAACAAUAGAAGAAUAUUAUCACUUCUAGAGCUCAAUCAACAAAAAGGUCAGUAACUGAAGGAGGCUGUGGAGCAUCUGGAGGUUAUCUUUUGUUCAAACAAUUUUCAUUUACUCUGAUGAGUAUUGAUGAUAUUGGACAAUAGAAAUGGGUGUAAAUUGAACUUUUGUGACUGUUGUUUUAAUCUGGAUGAACAUCACGAAAUUUAAUUUCUGUUAUUUUCGGAAACAAGAUUAGGAUGAAGCAUGUAAUAUUUAUGAGAAUAUUAGUACACAAUUGCUACAUUAUUCAGAGUUUUUUCAUAAA